CGCGGACACAAAGCAGCCAGCAGCAAAACCCUGACAGCUACUUUCUCGGUAAUGUUAGGGAACAAAAUGCUGCUAUCGACAAAUUAGCUGCUCGUCAAACUUGCCGGAGCGGAAGGUUUACCUGCGCUGUAGCGGGAGAAAUGUUGUAGUUUAAAGGUUUUUUUAGAGGUGUGUUUAAUCAGAAAAUUUCACUCGAGGAAGGAGCCAGCUGUCCGCAAAGUUUCGACACUUUGGGCAGGGUGCUGUCCUGUGGGAUGGAUGACGGGCAAGAGCAGGACCAGUACGAGGAGCGGCUGAAAGAAGUUUUUAACAGCUUUGACACUAGCGGCUGUGGCUCUCUGUGCCCAGAGGAGCUCUCCGACCUCUGUCAGUCGCUGCACCUUAAUGAUACCGCUCCAGCUCUUCUCCAGACUCUGCUCCAGAGCCAGGACCGCCUCACUGCCAGGGUUGACUUUGAACAGUUCAAGGAUGCUCUUAUUCUGGUUUUGUCUUCAUCCAUCGAGCCACCUCAGGAAGAACAGGAAGUCCUGCCAAAACCAGAGUCUCCUGAGAUCAAACCAAAGUUUGUGAAGGGCGGUAAACGUUAUGGCCGCCGUUCCACACCAGAGUUAAUAGAGCCUAUUUCAGACUUGACUGAAGCCACACACGUAAAACCAGCCGACGAGGAGGAUUUGGAGGACAACUAUGACUCAGCUGUUCCCAGGAAACGUGAGCGCUGGAAUGCUCACGAUUCAAGCACAGAGGAAUAUGAGGCAGAAGGUCAGAUGCAUCUCUGGAACCCGGAUGAGCCGAACACGCCUCGGGGAUCCAUUGUUCCCCUAUCAACUCAUUUAGAGGAGAGGCUGCGUGAAGCCUGCGAGGAGAUGGCGAUACAAUGGGACAGAUGUGCUGGUCACAGUGAAUUGCUUGCUCUCUGUGAGCAUUUGGGUCUGGAGGUGAAUGGAGAUGUGCUCCUAAGCCUGUCUGCCGAUGGAAUGAUGACUGUUCAGGAGUUUGUAUCCAGGGUUGCAAACCACAACAAACCCCCCACGCCAUCAGCCUCAACACCCUACAGACAGCUUAAACGGCAUCACUCUACUCAGCCUUUUGAUGAGGGGGGACGGAGGAUAGCUACGCCCUCUUCUUUAACCAGCACCAUUGGCAUGCGUCUGUUCUCCUCUCUUGAUGAUGGCACCGGUUACACUCCUGUGGAGUACAUCCUGGAUGCCUGGAUAGAAGACGGAAUAGAAAACAGCACUGAGAUCCUGCAGGCUUUGAACUUUGAGCUGGAUGGAAAACUGAGUCUUGGUGAUCUCACCAUGGCACUUGAAAAUGAGCUACUUGUUACUAAGAAUGGGAUUCACCAAGCGGCACUAGCGAGCUUCAAAGCUGAGAUCAGAUAUCUCCUAGAGCGUGUAGACAGAGAGCUCAGAGAGAAAGAGAAAAUCCGAUCUGAUCUGGAAAAAGCAGAGAAGCAGAAAACGCAGCUUGCCACUGAGGUGGAUGAGCAUCACUCUGCAAUUGAGCACAUGAAUAACCUCAAUCUCAGGAAGCUUGAGCAGGACCACAAAGAGAAGCUAGCAGCAGUAAAAUCUGAGCUGAUGAGGGAGAUGGAGCAGAUUCAGCAGCAGGCUUGCCUGCAGCGUGACGAGCUGGAAGCAGAGAUCGAGAAGAUCAGGGAGGAUGAAUCUUUCCUCCGAGACCACCUCUCCAUCUCGGUGAAGGAGAACAGACGUCUGGAGAUGGAGUUACUGGACUGCAAUGAAAAACUAGUUGAUGCUCAAAACCAAAUUACCAAACUCCAGAAAAGUUUGGACAACAUUAUGAAAGAUAAGUUUGGUGAUCUGGACCCUAACAGUGCAGACUUCCUCCUCCAAGAGGAGCGUAUUAAACAGCUACGCAGCGGCUAUGAAGCUCAGUGCAGGGAAUUACAGGAUCGUAUCGAUGAGCUGCAGUCAGAGCUGCAGGAGUUCCACAGCCUCGGACGAACUCAUCAGUCUUGUCAGAAACCUCUCUCCGAGGAGCUGGAGAGUAAAAGCCCUGGAAUGGAGUCUGACCCAGGUCUCGGUUCAGAGGAGGUUCAGCCUUUCAGUAUGAGCCUAGAAGCAGAGAUGAUGCUGGAGCAGCUGAAGGAGCAGCACCUACGUGAAAUUGAGGAAUUGCGAAACCAGUUGGAAAUCAAGAUGAAUGAAUUUAACAACAUGGUGGAAAAACAGAGGGUGAACCAUGAAGACCAGAAAGCUGCCUUGGCGAACCUCCACCAGCAGGAGGUUCAGGCUUUAAGAGAUGAGAUGGUCAACAUUCAGAGCCAUGCACAGGAGCUGCAGAGCCAGCUGGAGGAGGUAGAGUUGGAGAGGAGUUUACUGGAGGAGAAACAGACAGAGGAAAGGGAAGAGCUUAAGAACCUGCAAGAAGAGGAGUUGGUAAAACUAAGGAACCAGCUGCUGGAGGCCCAGACUCGCACUGCAGACCUGGAAGAACAGCUGAAGACCCUAAGAGUUCAACAGACAGAGACAGAUGAAAGUCUUCAGACUGAGAUUGAGAAGCUGAGGACUCAACAUGCCACAGAGCUUAAGAAACUAAAGGAUGAGCAUGCAGAGCUGUUUGAAACCAGACUAGCAGAGGAGAGAAAGGAAUUACAGGAGGAAAAGGCUGAUUUGGAGAAGAGAUUAUUAGAUGAUUGGGAAAGCAAAAAGAAAUUGUUGCUAGAAAGCCAUGAGGAGAAACUAAGUGAUAAACUAGAGGAGGUAAAAUUGAAAUUUGAGGAGGAGCGUGAGGAAUUGGUGAAGAUGCUGACAGAGGAGUGGCAGAAAGAGAGGGCUCAGCUGGAUCAGCAGAACGGCGAGUCUUUACAGAUGCUGCUGGAGGAAGAGAUGCUGAGACUCGUCAAGGAGCAAGAAGAGAAGGAGAACAGUCUGAGGGAGCAGUGGGAGAGGGAACGAGCUCGGCUUCAGGAGCAUCACGAGGCGGCGCUGCUCGAAAAAAUACUCGAGGAGAGGUCGCAAAUACAGGAGAAGUUUGAGCAGAGGGAGAAAAAGCUGAAGGAGGAGUGGGAGAGGGAGAGACUCCAACUGGAGGAGGAUUAUGAAGGGAUGAUCCAGGAUAGGAUAAAUGAGGAGAGGGAGAAGUUUGAGACGGAGAGAGAGGAGGUGGAGAAAAGACUGGAAAGUUUGAUAGCAGAGGAGAAGGCACAUCUAGAGGAGAGCCAUCGAGAAGCCGUGAUGGAGCUGAGUGUCAAGCACAUAGAGGAAAGGGACACACUCAGCGCCAUGUUAGACAAACUACGAGAUGACAUCGCCCAGGAGAGGAAGGACAUCGAGAUCAGUUUCAACCUGAGAAUCAAAGAAGUGGAAGAUCGUUUCUCCUGUGAUCAGGAAUCUGUUGCACAGCGUUUUCAGGCUGAUGUUUUGAAACUUGAACAGCACUACCAAAGAGAGCUGGAGGCUCUUUCUGAAAGCCAUGCCAAGCAGAAGCUCGAAUGGGAAGCAGAGAUGCAGAAGGCUCUCGAGAGAGCAGAGGAACAAAGAAAAAUGAUGGAGGAGGCAGCGGAGGGGGAAAGACAGAGAGUAAAUCAGGAGUGGACAAAAGAAAGAGGGGAGCUAGAAAGUGUUCACGAAGAGCAAAUGGAAGCACUAAUGAAAGAGAAAAAGCAGCUGCAACAUGAGCUCGAUGACUUGAUUAGCAAGGCUCAGACCAAAGAAAUAGAGCUCAGCAAGCAGCUGAAUGAUCUCCAUAACAGGCUUCAGGAAAGCCUGAAAACCAAACAUGAUCUUCUUGUUCAGACAGAGCUCCUGUUGAAUCAAACAGUCGAUGAUUUUAAACAGGAGAGGGAAGAACUUCUGAGUAGUAAUUCAGAACUUGAGUCAAAGUACAAUGAGAUGCUUUGUAUUUCAGAAAGGCAGACAGCAGAGAGGAUUGAACUUUUAAAUGAGUGCGAUGAUUUAAAGAUGAAGAUCGAAGAGCUGGAGAUGCUUCUUAAGCAGGCCGCAGUGGACUCUGAGCUUGACAGGCGUGAGCUACAGGAAAGUGUGUCCAUUCUUGAGCAAAAGUUAAAAGAUGCAGUUGAGAUUAAGGCAGAAGAGUUUAAAGCAGAGAGAGAUGCGCUUAAAGUAAGAGUUAAAGAGCUGGAGAUGGAAGUCCAACAGCUUUCGUCUUCUGUGGAAAAAGUGGAAGACAAAGAGAUGAAGGAAUUGAAAGGGAUGAACACAUUUAUGGAGGAGAUGCUACACAACAGAGAAUGUGUUUCAUUAUUUGGUGAAGAAACACCUGAAAUUUUGGAUGGACAAGAUAGCGAUGAAGAGACUCUAACGGGGACUCUGUAUGCAGGAGAGGAAGCCACUGAAAACGUGGAUGUUUUUGACACAAACAAUGAAGAUGGCUCUGCUACCAGUGACAUUCGGGGAGACGGGGAGUUAAUGGGUGCUCGUGAAAACCAAGAACUCCGACAAAAUAUCGUGCAAGAAGAUAUGAAAGAGACUCAUGAAUUGUGGCCUGCAAAUGCUGAUGGGUUUCAGGGAUGUGGUGAUGAUAUUGAUGUUACCGAUUUCCCCGAGCAAGCUGAACUUUAUCACGCAGGCUGUGAGUUGGCACCUUCUGAUCACCCUGAGUCCGAAUCCACAGAAAACACAAAUGAAGCAGUUUUCCCAGAGAUGAAAUGCGGGCCCGUCUCAUCACUUGAGGCCUUUGAAGAUGGUGAGAACAAAGCAACUCUUGAAUUAUUUAAAGAGAACAAUCCUCAAGAUGUUGCAGCAGUGGGGUUUGAAAGCUGUUCCCAGGAAGAUGAGCAGCAUCAUGAGACUGUGGUUGUGCCCUCAACGCUGGAGGAGACAGGUUACCCUGGUGAACCGUGUCUGGAGGAUGCUGAGGUUAACUGUUUACUGAAUAACUCCCCAGAUUCAGACUGUGAACAUUUACUCGCAGAACUAAAGGGGGAAAACGUUAAAUGUGGACAUGAAUGUGUGGAUCAAGACUCUGAUUGUGAGCAGCAGUCUUUGCUGAAACUACAGGCUUUCUAUAAUACGACCACAGAGGAGAACAUUCUCCUGCAUGAGAAGAUUGCUUUGCUUCAGCAGAAGACGGAAAUACUAGAGAACCUGCUGGCUCAUAACAAUGAAAAGAUCAAGGCUGGGCACCAGGUGUUAGAGGAAAACUACAGCCUCAAAGUUAGAAUGUUGCUGUUAAUGGAGCAUGUCAAAGAGCUGGAGAUGAAGGCCUUGAAAAUGACAGAUCUUCAGAUUAGGUAUGAAGAUUGCAUGUGUGAAAAUACCAAACUGAAGGAGCAAAAUGGUGAACUUGAGAAAAGGGUGUGGAGCCUUGAGAGUAGGAUCAAUAUUUUCCACAGUUUCAAAGAGCAGCAAAUUUCACUUGUGGAUGAGAUCAACAGGAUGAGAGAAGAAAACACUAAACUGUCUGAGCUGUUCAGCGAAUUAGAAAGGCAGGACGGGAUUCUUUCAGCCUUUGGCCUAGAUGCUGAACGACUGGAGAGCCCCUCAGUGGAGGCUUUUCUGGAUUUAGAUAGGGAGCUGGAGGCUAAUGUUGAUGCAGUGACUGAUCUUGAAGACUGCUGUAAGGAGUUGGAGAAGCAGAACACGCAACUUCACCGAACCAUCACAGAGCUACAAGACAAGUCGCAGACAUUAAACGAAGUGACGCAGGCUCAUAGAUCUGAAGCCAGUCGUCUUGCUGAAGAAAACGUCAUCCUCAGGCAAAAGAUCGCUGCAUUGAAAGAAGAGGACUUAAAGGAAGUCCAGCAAGAGUUGACACAAACAUGGGAGCACCUGAAGAAAGAGAAGCUAGCAGCUCAAAAAGCAUCACAGAAUUUCCAAAAACAGAUUGUAGAGCUGCGUUUGCAGAGUCAGCAGCUGGAGGAUGCGAAUGGGAUGCUGUCAGAGAAAAAUGCCCAAAAUACUGCCGGUAUGGAGAGUCUACGACAGCAGCUGGCAGAAAUGAUAAAGGAAAAUGAGAGGAGGGAAGCUGCUUCUGCUGAAGAGAAAAACAAGCUGGCAGCUUGUGUGUCUGCUCUGGAGGCAGAGUUGACCAAAGCUCUGGAGGACACUGCACAGCUGGAGGAGAGGAAUAUCCAGCUGUCACAGAAGCUCUCUAACCUCAGAGAGAAGGCAAUCACGGUGGGCACAAUGGAGAGUCACCUCAGCCACCUCGUAGAGGAGCGGAAGAGUGUGGAUAAGGAGACUGUAGGGCUGCGCAACCAGCUAGCCAAAGCUCAAGAGAAGGUCAAGACUAUGGAAGAAACUCUUCAGACUGUCAACCAUCAAAGUGCUCGUCUGAAGUCGGACCUUCGUGUCUCGCAACAAGAGAGGGAUUCUCUAAAACAUGAAGUUGCAUUGCUACACAAACAGCUGCAGAAUGCUAUAGAUAAAAACCGUAUUUUGGAGAUAGCCCUGCACUCGAGCGGUCUGCAGAAUCACAGUAAGAAGCUGUACAGAGAUGAGAUGUCUCGGCUGAUGGAGCAGGAGCAGCAGCUACUGAGGCAAGAAAACGAGAGACUUCAAGCAGAAGUGUGCAGCAUCAAAGAAGACCUCAUCCAGUCCAGAGAAAAAGUCCGUCAGCUUGAUGCUACCAUACUGUCCCUGAAGCAGCACAAACAUCAGAGUCAGUCCUCCCUGAUGAAGGCCUUGGAACAGGAAAACUUCUCUCUUAAGAAGGAGCUUGAAGCACAAAGGGAGCUUACCAUGGGCUGUGAAGGUGGACAAAGACGCACUGAGCUGGAGAGCCUUCAGCAAGAAAACGAGGCGCUCAAGGCUCAGCUGGCUCGACUAUCAACACAGCUGCUCGAGACUUUUCAGGCACAAUUCAUGGGACUCCUGCCUCCAUCACCUCACAGGAUGCCCAGAGGACAGCACCGUGGUGAAGAUCCAGACAACAUGCAGGAUGAAAGGGAGACGAAGAUGAAGCGCAUGGAGGAACGAAUGAAGGAAAUUGAGUUGUCUCUGCAUAAUGUCAAGCUGCUGCUUAAAGAGAAGGUUGCUCAACUCAAAGACCAGCUGCACAAGAACGGCAAAGCAGACGUACUAAUCAAAGAUCUGUAUGUGGAGAAUGCCCAGCUGCUGAAGGCUCUGGAGAUAACUGAGCAACGUCAGAAAAUCGCAGAGAAGAAGAACUACCUGCUGGAGGAGAAGAUCUCUAGCCUCAAUAAGAUAGUGUGUGACCUAAACCCGUCACAUCUUCCACUGCCGUACCAUUAUAAAUGAUCACAAAGUAUUAACUUGAAAUGUGUGUCAAAGUCAAUAUUUGCACUGUAUCUUUACUAAAUACUUUUAUUUUAUUAUAUUUAUCACUGCUGCAAACUUUAUGCGGCAGAUUCUGCCAAUUCAUGAGAACUGGUGGUUUUAUGUUAAAUAUGCAGUAUUUUUGUCCAUUUAAUUCUAACCAGUAAUUAAUGGGACCCAUAAAUAACUAAAUAUGAGGUCAAACUGCAAAGAAGACUUGUCUUUUUACAGUUAUUUAUAUUUUUAAAGCACUAUUACCUAUUAUUAGUAAAUAUCUUACCUUUAAACUUUUUCUCUGUCCAAAGAGAGGAAAAACAAUUAUGAAGUGUACUUUUUAUACAAGUGUGUCCAAAAGUUGUGUGUAUCUUUUCCUUUUCUAGCCCUAUUGUAAAAGAAUAAAUAGAAACCUGUUGUUCGGUAGUAAAAUCACGCAAACUGAGAAGUCGAAUCAUGCUUUACCCGAACACUACCUGAAGUUGAAAAGACUUUAAAUGUCUGUCAAGUGGCAAUACUUAACAUGUCAUUUUACUUUUAAAGGAAAUUGUAUGAUCUGUUGCAAUAUGUAAAGGUGUAUAUGCUAUGUCAUUAUGGUUGAGACAGGGUAAUGGCUGUGCUUCAGGUAUAAAUAAAAUGAAUGGAUUGUU